AUGACAAUGAUCAUAGACCUCUCAAAUAACAAUAUCACAUCAGUACCAGACCUUCCAGUAUCAACCACAAGUAGAUUAAGUUAUUUAUACUUCUCAAACAACAAGUAUCUAACAAAGUUGCCAGACUUCACUUGUACAGUAUGGUUGGUUCGUAUGGAUGGCACUUCAAUCAAUCAGGUACCAGAUUGCUACUCUUGUUACAUAAGUGCCAUCAAACCAUUCUUUAAUCCACCUGCUACCUUGAAAAUUCCUGCCAAUUACUCAUGUGAUGUUUAUAUUGAUCAAGUGGCAUUGGUCGCAACCAAAUCACAACCAAUGUUGACAAUCACUGGAAAUAAUUUGGGUGGCGCACCAUUGAACAAUAAUGACUUUGAUCCAAGACUGAAGCCAGUAGUUCCAAACAAGAUUACAACUUUCAAUCCACCUUUUCCAUCUGGUGUAGCCAACAUAACAUUCUCAUACUCCAAGAAUAUAGUUAGAUUAAUCUCUUGGACAACUUUGAGAUAUUAUAGUGUCAAUUUGAACAAAUUGGAACUGGUUGCAAUGGGAACGUUCAAUCGAACUCAGGUAUACACAGUGACUGUGGACAACACACAUAGUUGUAUUGUCAAGAAUGUAACAACAACUUCAAUAACUUGUGAUGUUCAAUCAAUCAAUCUUACUCAAGAGACACCAGUACUUGUGGAAAUCAGUAUUCCAAACGCAGCCUUUAACAAAUCUAUCAUUGUAAACUACUACCCUGUUGUGACCUCGGUCCCACCCAUUAUGGCAAACCAAACUACCAUCAUCAUAUAUGGAGGCUUUACAUCUGUCAACACAACAGCUCAAGAAGUAUCAGUUAUUGUUGGAAACCAGAGUUGCAAUCUCUUCAUUUAUACAACAUCAAUGAUUGUUUGUAAAGUCAACAACACACUCGACCCUGGUCCAGUACAUUUGAGCAUCAAUGUCAGUGGAAGUGUAUACACUUCGAGUGGAGACCUAGUCGUUCAACCAUUGGAGAUCGUUAAGCAAUGUGGAAAUGAUUCAAACUGCUCUGGAAAUGGUCAAUGUGUAGAGGGCAAGUGUAGUUGCCUUCCAAACUAUGGUGGCUUCAUCUGUGAUUUACCAAUCAAUCCAGACGUGAUCAUUGUACCUGACCCUGCUGUACCAACUUCAAUCAUCUCAUCCAAUGUAUCAAAGUUUGAUAUAUCAGUUGUGUCCAUUCAAGAAGUUGACCAAAUAGGUAGUGUUGUCAAGGAGUUGUUGACACCAUCAUGGAACAAGAUGGAGCCAGUGGUGGAUGGCACACUUACAACUAAUCAGUACACAUUGAUUAAUGUCGCCUACCUGGAUGUGACUGUUCUACUUCAGACAUCGGCUGCACCACUCGUCAUGAAGUUUGCAGGUGUCAACAUGACAUUGGAUACAAACACAUUGAAACAAUCAAUCAAUGUAAAUGGAUGGAGGUAUCGAUCAAAUUUGAACACAUUGAGGAUUGUGAUCAAGGUGGACUCCGAGUUCAAGAAUCAAGAUCAAACAUGUAUACCAUCAUUGAACUCCAAUGGUACUGAUCCAUUUGAUCCAAACAACAUCCAAUUCAUCAAACAACAUUAUGAUGGAAUGACAUUCUUUGGCAGUUUCCUACCCGUUGGACUGUCAGAUGGUCGUCCAUUCCACUCAUUGACUCAACUAAUCACAACUAAUUCAUCGACCACAAUGAUCGGUAUCAAUAUGCCACAAUGUAAUCAAUGUUCAAUCGAUCCAAACUUCUCAAUAUUACUCGAUGGCGACUCAUCUGAGGGUACGCCUCGCAACAAGUCAUUGUGUGCCACUAGAGCAGCGACAAAAAAGUUCGACUCUUGGAAGAUUGCCACCAUUGUGGUAGUAUGUGGACUCGCAAUAAUUGCAGUAGUAGCCACUACCGUGGUAGUCAUUCGGCAAAGGUCAAAGUACAGAGUGGAACAGAGGAGGAUUGAUUCCAAACUCAAGGUUAUGCAACAACAACAACAACAUUAA